AUGGCUCAGCCCACAAGGAAUGGAACGGCCUUCACCCCUAGAAGUCAAGUUAUUUGGAGCAAGACCAUGAAGAAGGCGGCCCGAGUCAUCUUUGAAAAAUAUUACACUCGCCUGGGCAACGACUUCCACACCAAUAAGCUCGUGUUCGGGGAGAUCCCCAUUAGCUCCAGCAAGAAGCUCUACAAGAUCGUGGACUAUGUUAUUACUCAUUUGAUGAAGCGGACCCAGAGAGGCCCGGUGAGAGGUAUCUGCAUCAAACUGUUGGAAGAAGAAAGAGAAAGGAGGGAUAACUAUGAACCUGAGAUCUCUGCUUUGGAUCAGAUCAUCGAAGUUUAUCCUCAUACCAAAGAAAUGUUCAAACUCCUGGACUUUGGCACUUUGUCCAACCUGCAAGUUACUUAGCCUAUAGUUGGGAUGAAUUUCAAAACACCAAGAGGAACUCUUUAAUAUUUACUUUUUUCUUUUUUACAAUAAACUUGGGAAUCUCCC